CCCCACUGUCGGUCAGUCAACGCUUAGCUGGUGUGUUCUACAGACAUGGACAUGGAAAGUGAAGCCGACCUGUUCGAGUCAGCGAACCAAAAACGCUCGAAGCGCGAUGCACAAAUCUCCCCCUGGUGGUUGCUCGGUCUGUCCGGUGCGGUGGCCGGAGUCUACUUUCUCGUCUACUGGAACUGGGCAGCGAUGCCGAUCGCAUUGCGCCGUGCGGAUGUGCUAACGCACCCGGACCGCUUCAUAGCGGAGGUGGCCAAGCAGCAUCUGUUCGAAAUGAGCAACGUUGGACCGCGGGUGGCCGGCAGCUACGCCAACGAAAUAGUCACCGUACAGUUUCUGCUUCGUGUUAUCGACGAAAUCGCCGCCGAAGCAAACCCCACCGCACAUCGCGUUGAGGUGGAGGUGCAGCGUGCGUACGGUGAUAUGUAUCUCGACUACGAAAAGUACCCCCAGACGAGCGUGUACCAGGGCAUUCAGAAUGUGGUGGCCCGGAUCGUGCCGGCGCAGGGGAGCGACCCGGACAACUAUCUGAUGCUCAGCUCACACUUCGACAGCGUCCCGCAAAGCCCCGGAGCCGGGGACGAUGGGACCAUGAGCGUUAUAAUGCUGGAAGUGAUGAGGCAGCUGGUCCAAGGCAAGCGAUCGUACGAGCAUGGGCUGGUGUUUGUGUUUAAUGGCUGCGAGGAGAACACACUGCAAGGAUCGCACGCGUUCGUGGCGCAUCAUCGGUGGUUCGCCAAGGUGCGAACGUUCAUCAACAUGGACGUGGCGGCGAACGGUGGACGGGACAUCAUGUUUCAAGCUGGACCCAAGUACUCGUUCCUCAUGGAAUACUAUCGCGAUCAUGUUCCCCAUCCGUACUGUACCGCGGUAGCGGAGGAACUGUUCCAGGCGGAUCUGGUACCAUCGGAAACGGAUUAUUUAAUCUACUCGACCGUCGGCAACAUACCGGGCAUGGAUUUCGCUCACAGUACCUGGGGCUAUCUGUACCACACGGCGUACGAUGCCUACGACACCAUACCGAACACAACGCUACAGCACACUGGGGACAAUGUGCUAGCAUUGGCCAAAGCGCUAGCCAACGCACCGGAGCUGUACGACAUCCGUGAGCAUGAGGGCAGUAAGGCUGUUUUCUUCGACUUUCUCAACUGGUUUCUCGUGUACUAUCCACUCUGGGCAUCGAUCAUACUCAAUGUUGGCCUGGUGGUUGUUGCUCUUUGUGCGAUCGGUUUGUCCGUGUGGAUGAUGGCACGCAGCACGAGCCUAACGGUGGGUCAACUGCUGCUACAGGGUCUUACCAGCAUGGGUGUCGUGCUGCUGUCACUCAUUGUCGGUAUUGGACUGUCGCUGGCGCUUGCCGCCAUUCUGAAUGCCGUCGAUUCCACAAUGAGCUGGUUCACUCAGACUUGGUUGAUCUUUGGUCUGUACGUCUGUCCCUUUUUGAUUGCAACGUGCACUGGGCCGUUGUUGUAUAUUCAUUUCGUAAAAAAUGAUCACCUAUCACUGCAUGCCCGAGUUCAGCUUUUACUGCACGCCACUUGUGUCCUGUACGCGUUGAUACUGGUCGUACUAACAGCUAUGAGCAUCCGAUCGGGCUAUCUCUUCACAAUGGCCAUCCUGUUCUACACCGUCACGACGCUGGUGAAUGUAUCGAUCAAGUAUUCGCCCUUCGCCUGGCUGUAUGUGCACCUCGCCGGACAGAUUGCACCGAUCGCGUACUUUAGCUCCGUUUCCCUCACCGCCUUUGCCACCUUUAUCCCAAUGCAGGGACGCGGCAAUGCAGGGGCCAAUCCGGAACUGCUGAUCGCUUUGUUUGCCGUGCUAGUGGGGCUGCUGGUGGCUGGGUUUCUCACCCCGCUGGUAGCGUUAGCACGCAAAGCGUACCUUUACAUCGCGUUAGUUGCCGUCUUUUUCGUGGUGUCGAUCAUCGUGAUGGUAACGUCGGCAGGGUUUCCCUUCCGAGCACACACUUCACCGCAGCGCUUUUACAUCUACCAUUGUACAAGAGAGUUUUACCAUCAGAAUGGUACGCUGAGACGGUUGGAAGGGGGCUACUACGUUCAUCCGCAGGAUCGUUAUACAGGCGAUCUUAUCCGCGAGCUGGCAGUCAAGUCCGACCUAUCCGCCAUACCGCUGGGGGAUGAGUGUGACAAGGAGCUGUACUGUGGUAUACCUUUCUAUCAAAACACCCAGCACGGACAGCGCGAAAACGGCCUUUGGAUACAAGGCAACCCAUUUACCCUGCCCGAAGCAAUCGAUCUACAGCUAGUGGACAGUCAACGUGAUCCAGAGUUCAACCUUACUACGUUCUUUUUCACGGCAAAAGGCACAGAUCACAUGAGCUUCUACGUUUCUCCCGUGGAGGGCGUGAAAUUAGUGGGCUGGAGCUUCAGCAAGACCAUUCCUCGCAGUGGGCUGGCUUGGAAUGGACAGGAGGUGCACUUCGUUAACUUUGUGCAUGGAAUCGAUGAUCGUCCGCACGAGUUUUAUCUUACGGUGCAUGGUACGGCUAGCAAGGCGGCGGAAGCGGGUUGGAGCUUUUACCUCAACAUAGUGGCACAGUACAUGCACCAUGAACAGUAUCGUGCUAGCGAGUUUCAGCAAUUUGUCGACCAAUUUCCCGACUAUGCGCAUGUAGUUGCCUAUCCCGCUCAUCUCGUUAGCCGAAUAUACUGAUCGGAGGUCGGGGGGAGGUUGGUGGACUGAUAAACGGACUGAUUUGAAUAAAAGAAAGUUAUGUUUGAAUUG